UUAGAACCAAAGCAAAGAGUAGCCAUAGAAGAAAUAGGUUUUGGUAGCCUCUUGCAACUUCGAUGUAGGAAAAUUGAUCAUGGGUUAUGUCUUUGGUUGAUAAAUAGUUUCAACCCGAACACUUAUAUGUUAGAGUUGUAUAAUACUUGUAUCAAAUUAUCCUUUGUUGAUGUUGAAUUUAUUAUGGGAUUGAGGGUAAGAGGGUUGAAGAUUGGCAUGAACAAAGAUGUUAGCCAUAACAAUGAUUUAUGUAAAAAAUAUUGUGAUAAAAAGGGGCGAUUGCCAUUAGUGAUGUUAGAAAAUCAAAUUAGGGAGGAUAAAGAAGGUGGAAACGAUUUCAAAGUUUGUUUUGUAUUAUUUGUGUUGGGUGCAUUAUUGUGCCCAACAAUGAAGCUUUUUGUGAAACGUUCUUUCUUACAUCUUGUGGAAGACAUCGAUUCAAUAAAGAAGAUGAAUUGGGCUGAAUUUGUGUUGUCUUAUCUUGUGCAUGGGAUUGAAGAGUUUAAGAUGAAACAACAAAGUGGGGUUUGCGGUUGCUUAUUGUUUUUAAUGUUAUUCUACCACGAGCAUAUAUUGUUCGAAGAGAAAUUUCUACCAUUAUAUACUCGACCUUGUCCUCGGAUUACUGCUUGGGGAGAUGAUGAAGUACUGGGCAUGAAACGAAGAUUGAAAAAAGUCGAUGGAUAUGCAAAUGACAAUGUCAAAAUAUGGGUGAUACAAAAUGAGAUAAGGGAUUGUGUUGAUAGAAAUGUGAUGACAAUGGAGAAGGAGAAUGAUGAGGAGCAGAAAUUUGAAAUCAAUCCAAAUAAAGAUGCUAUUAAACGAGUACGUUUUACAACAUUCAUCGUGAGUAUCAAUAUUAGUAGUGAACCCUUGUAUUAUUAUGUUAUUAAUGAAGUUCCUAUAUAUCACUAGGAACACGG